AUGUGCAAAGAGGAUGAGAACCUCUACAAACUGCAAAUUGAGAGAAAGGGCCAGGUUGGUUAUUCCACUUGCCUACCUGCUAGUGUCAAGACCUUUCACUCAUCAAAGAGAAGGAAGAUAAUGGAAGCUGUGUCCACGCUCUACACUUACCACCUCAGAGCCAUUGUUCCGAAAUUAGCAUGGACUCAUCCGACAACAGUGCGAGUUAGACCUAGACUCCAGGUUUUUGGAUCAGCUUUUAUCCAAAGCGCAACAAUGAAAACUGCUUUUAAUGGAUUCCAAUCUACAGGAAUAUGGCCAACUGACUCAUCAAUAUUUACUCCCAGCACUGAUAUUGGACUUGGCAGACCUGCAAGUGAAGAGGUCGUGCCUGAAGCUGAACAACUGGAAUUGCCUUCAUAUAGCCCACCAGUCGAAAAAGACAUGCCUCUCAGGUUGGAUGAAGAAGCUGGCGAGGAUUUAACAAACUCUAAUGAUGACACACCGGCAAAGAAAAUCCGAUUUGAUGAGGAUAGUGCCACUCCUGGGUGCUCUUGGAUGUCAACUGACAUCAUGUCCUCUUCACUUCAUGUUUCACCAAAAAUUCUAAUGCCUAUUCCAAAAGUUAAAAAAAGCGUGAAAAGGACCAAUCGGAAGAGGGAAAAGACUGCAGUCUUAACGGAUCCACCAUACAAAAAAGAGUUAGAAACCGCUAUUCAGGAAAAAGCGAAAAUGAACUUAGCUAAGGAAGAAAGAGCAAGGACAAAACUGGAAAAGAGUAAAAAUAAGAAAAAUAAGACUGAAAAAAAUAAAGGAAAGUACCUGAAGACGAAUGGAAAAAAGAAGGACCCGAAGAGAGAAUGCAAAAUUAACGAAAGCGAUUCUGAGGAUUUCUCUGACUGUGAAUGUUUGUAUUGUGGUAAAUUUUAUUCAAAGUCAAUUGAUGGUUGGGUCGCCUGUUCUGUGUGCAAUAAAUGGGCACACAAUUUCUGUGCGGGAAUUGAUAGCGAGGAUGAUUAG